AUGGGUGACAUGUCUGACCACUCUGCAGGGCCGCCACCUAUCCUGCGGGAGUCUUGCCAUACGCCCGAAACUAUCACUACAACUGGUAGCUCGCCCAGCAGCAGCGGCAGCCGGCCUCCGGCCUCAUCAUCAGUUGCUGUGCACUUCGCUGGCCGAGAGCUCGGCGUCAUCAGCCUGCUCACCGGGCUUCCGUUCCUUCUGCCGGAAGGUCAGGCAUGGAUCGAGUCCCGAACUGGACAGCCCAUUUCGGUCGAUAAACUCACGCCAGUCCGGCCACCAUGGGAGAAGGAACGAGUCCAGAGCUCCAAUGAGCUGCUAAUGAGCAUGCAGGCCCAAAAACACUUCGAACUGCCCGAGUGGGGCGUUGUCCAAAGCUAUUACCAAGCUUUUCUCAACUCCAACGUGAUGCAGCGCAUCUUUCCGGUUAUUGAUGCAGUGCUAUUCCAAGAAACCAUGAAUGCAGCGUACCAUGAGUCUCAAUCUCGCUUUUCAUACGGCCAGGCUGGCAUUCGAGCUUGUAUGUUUGCGUUUGUUGCCUUUGUCUCUCGCCUCCCUCCCGUCAAAUCCCAACUUGGAUCGUUUUCUCGCACUCCGAUAGAUAGUGAGGCUAUGGCUACUAAAGCAGAGUUUCUCCUUGCACAAGUUCUGCAAGAGCCUGCCAGUCUGGAGGGAAUCCAAACUGUGACCAUGCUGGCGCUGUUUGAACUAUCCUCGGGCACUAUGCGUGCCGCCAGUUACUAUGGGGCUAUCGCUGCUCGGUUCCUUUUCAUGCUCGGUGGCAAUUUGACAUCGGGAAGAACCAUUCAUCCAUCCGAUGAUCGCAGCCAACGCAAGCGACGACAUAUCCGCAAUCUCUUCUGGAUCUGCUACACGAUUGAUAAGGAUGUCGCCUUGCGCACGGGACAACCACCCACCAUCUCCGAUGAGAAUUGCGACCUGACUCUUCCAGAGGGCUACAUGGAGCGCUUGUGGCAUGCCAUUGAAGACGAAAACAGCCCCUAUGACCAACCUGUCUUUCCGUUUGACUUACGCUUGAGUAUCAUCAAGUCCCGGGCUCAUACUGCGCUUUAUUCGGUGCGCUCCCUCCAGAAAUCUGAUGCCGAGCUCCUCAAGGCUAUUCGGGAGCUGGAUGAUGAAUUAGAACAAUGGCGGUUGUCGGUGCCUCCCGAGUGGCGCCCAACCAUGUCCUUCAAGUUUGAGGCCCCUGAUCCCACUGCUAGCAUGCAUUCGGUCAUGCUGCGUCUGAACUAUCACCUCUGCAUGAGUAUUAUCCACCAGGCAAGCAGUCGAUGCAAGGCUUGGGUUAACGUCCAAAGUGGAAUUAUGGAAGGCGUGAGCUCAUCUCUUGCGCUAUCCGUCGAGGCGAGCCGCUCGACCUUGUGCUAUCUAGAGGCGGCAGAGCAUGUGCUUGUUGAUGGCAUUUUCUGGACAUUGAUUUUCUACCCGAUGUCUGCACUACUCUCCAUCUUCUGCAACAUCCUGCAGAACCCUCUGGAUCCGCAGUCACGCAAGGAUCUCGACCUGCUGAAGAUUGCGUCGGGCAUGGUCGAGCGCGUUUUUUCACGCCAGCUAUCCUCUGUGAACGAAGCCGUACAUGUGAAAUUGGUGGCAGAUUUUGUUGUGGAGCUGAAGCAACUGGCUGCGUGUGCCAUUGAGAAGGCCUGGGUCGAGCAGAGCGCCGGAUCACGAAUGCCGGAAUGA